UCUCCAUCCUCGUGGCUCUCCUCUGGACACUCCAAUAGCUUGAUGUUCUUUUGAUAUUGUGGUGUCCAAAGCUGCUCCCAGUGCUCCAGGUGAGGCUGCUCCAGAGCAGAGCAAAGUGGGACAAUCACCUCCCUCAACGUUCUCCUUGAUGCACCCAGGCCAGUGUUGGUCCUCCUGGCUGCCAGGAGACACUGCUGGCUCAUCUGCAGUUGCCACCAACCAGGAAGCUGCAGGCUGCACCGUGCAGCCCAGCCCUGCAGCAGGUGGCAACGCACCGUGACUCACAGGUCCAAGGUGCCAUCUUGGCCGCUCAGCAGGUGACAGGGCACUUGUCCUUGGCAAUCAGCUGGUGCUGAGUCAGCAGGAGCUGCUCCCCUGGACUUCCCGACGGAGCACCUGGGGCUCGGAACCAGCCCAGCCUGAGCUCCCCACCAGUGCUGGGGAGGAUUUGGUGACCACCCACCCCUUGAGGGGACAUCCCAGCAUGUCCCAGGUCAGGCCAAGCCGGGCUCUCAUCAUUGUCAACACCCAUUUCUCCAGCUGCAAGGGGGAGGUGGCCCUUGGGACACGGAGAGGAGCCCGGAGGGAAGCAGAGAAGCUUUCCAGGACCCUCUCCCAGCUCAACUACACGGUGAAGCUGAUGGUCAACAAGACGGCCAAGGAGAUAGAAGACCUUUUCCAGCAGGAGUGUGGCCACCAGCACGGCGACUACUUUGUGACCAUCAUCUCCAGCCAUGGAGAGGAGGGGAUCAUCUUUGGCUGUGACUCGGAGCCGGUGCGGCUGACCCGGAUUUUCCAGAUGUUCUCCCCAGCCAAGUCCUUGGCUCUCACCAGAAUUCCCAAGAUCUUCUUUAUCCAGGCUUGUCGGGGGACACAGCUCGACCCGGGGGUGACAGUCGAGUGUGACAGUGGAGAACCUGGACCUGAGUGCUUCUCAUCUUGCCUCUCCAUCCCACCCCAGACCCUGGUGAUGUUUGCCUGCAGCCCGGGCCACGUCGCCUUCCUCAACCCCUCUGGCUCCAUGUUCCUCCAGGCCCUGCUGAAGGUGCUGGAGGGGGAAGAACGUCACCUGGCCCUCCACCGCCUCCUGACCCGUGUCAACUGGGAGGUGGCCUGUCGCUGCCAGGCCAGGGGCACCUACGAGGGGUGCAAGGAGAUGCCCUGCUUUGUCACCAACCUGCUGCAGGAGGUGUUCCCCUUCUCAGCACCCAUGGAUGAGGAAGGAGAUGCUGUUUGAGACCUGCUGGAUCUGCAGGAAAGCCCCAGGGGAUGAAAGGUUGGACAGGAUGAUCCUACCUGUUUUUCCCACCGGAACAAUUCCAUGACUCUAAGAGCAGCAGUUUGGCUGCAAGAAGUUCCUGACUAUGGGUGGAGAAUAAAAAGGACAAGUCAUGAGAAAACCAAUGGAAAAUGUCCCCAGGAAGGUGAGUGGCUCCACCUGGGAGGUGCUGGAGCUCCCAGGGGAUGUUUGACCAACAGGUCCCACCACAGGACCUUCUUCAGAACAGAAAUCUCAGAUUUCAGCCCAGAAUCACAGAAUCACAGAGUGGUGGGGUUGGAAGGGACCUCCAAAGACCAUCGAGUCCAACCCCCCUGCCAGGGCAGGACCAAAACUAGGGCAGGUCACUCAGAAAGGCAUC